AUGAUCCCCAGUAAGUUCCUCAGUGCGGGGAUUUAUUUCUUAUUUCUCCGCGAGCUGGAGAGCCGCUCGGCUGCGCCCCCGGGCAGGCCUCCUCCAGCACUGGACAGCGCCUCCCCCGCCGGCUGCGCGGCUCUGCGGCGGGCCAACUGCUCGGCGCGCUACGAGCUGGCCAGCCCGGGCGGCCGGUCCCGGCCCGGCUCGCACCCGGCCCUGCACGGCGCCCUGGACACGCUCACCCGCGCCGCCAACUUCCUCAGCGCCAUCCUGCAGAGCAACCGGUCCCGCGAGCAGAGCUGGCGGGACGACGCGGAGUGGUACCGCGCCCUGAUCCGCAGCCUGCUGGAGGGGGACCCCCGCAUCUCGCGGGCCGCCAUCACGCUGGGCCUGGAGCCCCUGUCGUCCGCACCGCGGGUCGUGCUGCAGGCCAGCCGGCACGAGAGCCGCAUCCUGCUGCAGGACCUGCCGGCCGGCGCGCACCGCCUGCACAACGCCUCGCUGGACACGGAGUGGUUCCACGGCCUGCGGCGCAAGUGGAAGCCGCAGCCGCACCCGCAGCCGCAGCCGCAGCCGCACAGGAAGGCGCUCGGCCCGGGCCCCAAAACUUUGGAGAGCGGCUGGAGGCGGCGGGACAGCCCCGCGGCCGACAGGAGUCACAGGCGGCGGGACAGCCCCGCGGCCGACAGGAGUCACGUCAGGUGGUCCUCCCCGUACCUGGAGUGUGAGAAUGGGAAUUACAAACCCGCCUGGCUCGUGACUCUCUCCACAGCUUUCUAUGGGCUGCAGCCAAACCUGCUUCCCGAGUUCAGAGGUGUUGUUAAGGUUGAUAUAAACCUGCAGAAGCUGGACAUUGACCAAUGUUCAAGUGAAGGGUGGUUUUCAGGAACCCACAAAUGCCAUCUCAACAAUUCUGAGUGCAUGCCAAUUAAAGGUCUUGGAUUUGUGCUUGGAGCCUACAAAUGCAUUUGCAAGGCUGGAUUCUAUCAUCCCACCAUCUUUUCAGUGAACAGCUUUCAGAGAAAGGAUACAGAUAAUCACUUUACUGGAGGCAAGAUGUCUGAGGAAGUCUACACCUGCCUACCCUGCAGGGAAGGAUGUUCUUACUGCACAGAUGAUGCUCCCUGCUAUGCACAGGAGGACAAGUAUUUACGGCUUGCUAUCAUCUCAUUCCAAACAUUCUGUAUGCUCCUGGACUUCAUAAGCAUGCUGGUAGUAUACCAUUUUCGCAAGGCAAAGAGCAUAAGGGCUUCUGGUCUGGUUCUUCUGGAAACCAUCCUUUUUGGAUCACUCCUCCUGUACUUCCCGGUUGUCAUUUUGUAUUUUGAGCCAAGCAUAUUUCGUUGCAUUCUCCUAAGAUGGGUUCGUCUUCUGGGCUUUACUACUGUUUAUGGAACUGUGACACUCAAGUUGCACAGGGUUUUGAAGGUAUUCCUGUCCCGAACUGCUCAACGCAUUCCAUACAUGACAGGUGGUCGAGUGAUGAGGAUGCUGGCUGUAAUUCUCCUGGUAGUCUUUUGGUUCUUGAUUGGCUGGACUUCUGCAGUCAGUCAAAACUUGGAGAGAAAUAUUUCACUCAUUGGCCAGGGGCAAACAUCGGACCAUCUCAUCUUCAAUAUGUGCCUCAUGGACCGCUGGGAUUACAUGAUGGCUGUUGCUGAAUUUUUAUUCCUCUUGUGGGGUGUUUAUCUCUGCUAUGCAGUGCGGACAGUCCCAUCAGCAUUUCAUGAGCCACGUUAUAUGGCUGUUGCAGUUCACAAUGAGCUCAUUAUCUCUGCUAUAUUCCAUACAAUUAGAUUUAUUCUUGCCUUGAAACUUCAGUCUGAUUGGAUGUUGAUGCUGUUUUUUGCACAUACACACUUGACUGUAACAGUUACCAUUGGGCUGCUUCUGAUUCCAAAGUUUUCCCACUCAAGCAAUAAUCCUCGAGAUGAUAUAGCUACUGAGGCAUAUGAAGAUGAACUUGACAUGGGUCGAUCUGGGUCCUACCUAAACAGCAGUAUCAAUUCAGCAUGGAGUGAACAUAGUUUGGAUCCUGAAGACAUCAGGGAUGAGUUGAAGAAACUGUAUGCACAACUUGAAAUCUACAAAAGGAAAAAGAUGAUUGCUAAUAACCCACAUCUCCAGAAAAAGCGGUGCUCAAAAAAGGGCUUGGGCCGCUCAAUAAUGAGACGAAUUACUGAAAUCCCUGAGACAGUCACCAGGCAGUGCUCUAGGGAGGAUAAAGACCUUAUGGAGCACAGUUCUGCAAAAAAUGCUGCUUUACAGAGAAAAAACCCCCAGGAUUCCACCAGUUAUGUAAAGCCAAAAGAGGAGUCUUUGAAAAACAGAGUCUUUUCAUUAAAAAAGUCCCACAGCACUUAUGAUCAUGUUAGAGAUCAAACAGAACAGCCUAAUAGCUUAACUACAGAAAGUGCAGAAGUUAUAAGUACAGAGAACUCACUGCUGGAUUCUUUGAGUGGAAACAAAUUAACAAAAAAAGCAACGGAAAAAGUUGAAGCUGUGUCCACUGAAUCUGUCCCUUUGGUGUGCAAAUCUGUAAGUGCACAUAACUUAAGUGCAGAUAAGAAGCCUCUGCAUCCAAGAACGUCUGUGUUACAAAAAUCUCUUAGUGUUAUUGCUAGUGCCAAGGAAAAGACUCUGGGAUUAACUGGUAAAAUGCAAAACCUGGAAGAAAACAGCAAAUCCCAUAAAUCUCAACAGAAAGGUAAGGAGGCCAGCAAAAAGCAUUCAGUCUCAGAUAAAGGGGAGCAAAAAGAUUCCCAUCGGAAGAAUUCUACCCACUCUGAGGAGGCAAAAAAACCCCAUAAAUCUGGAAUCAUGAAACAGCAAAAGGUUAGUCAGAUGUCUGCAAAUUCUGACACAGGCCUGGCUAAGUCACUGCAUAAGGACAAUUUUGACAUUGCAGAGGUUUGUCCUUGGGAGCUCUAUGACCAAAUGCCUGGUCCUGUGCCUUCUGAAUCUAAAGUUCAAAAACAUGUGUCUAUUGCUUCCUCUGAACCAGAGAAAAGUCACCCUUCCCAGCCAAAGGGGAAAUCUCAUCACAAGCUUAAGACAGCUGAAGGAUAUCAGCAGUCAAAUCAGAAGAGCACAGAGAAAUCUGAAGCACGUGCUCGGGAGACACAAGAGCAGCAGUUUUUGGAAGAUGAGAAAAAACAUUUGAAUUCCAAGUCUCAGGUUGUCCCUGGGUUUAAAUGUGAGAGUGUUAAUAAAUACACAGCAAAUACUUGUGCAGGGGAAUCUGAGGAACUUCCCCCUAAAGCAGCCAUGCAAGCAGUAGAAAAGGAAAAGCUCAAUCAAUUGGGAGAACAGAAAAAAAAUGCAUCUUCCUCUGAGGGAAAUAUGUUUUCAUCUGACUCUUAUAAACCAAGCAGUAACUUACAGCAGCCUUUAACAUCUCGAGCCGAAGUCUGUCCAUGGGAGUAUGACACACCAGAUUUACCAAAUGCAGAAAGAAGUGUAGCUUUAUCGAACACAUCUGCUUUAAGUGCAAAUAAAACAGCAACACCUCAAAAAUAAGAGGUUUUGGACUGACAAGAGUAGCAACUCCAGAAAGAAAGAUUACAGAAAGGAGGAAAGAGAGAGGGCAAGUAGGCCAAAAGGAUCUGAAAAUUCCUAAGGAGAUUACUGAACCAAGGGGAUCAGCACAACAAAUAAGUGGGAAAUUGGCAAAGUGAAUUAUUCAUACUGUUGUUGUUUAUUUACUGAGUGCCAACAAUAUGAUGAGUGGUGUCCAGAGCAUGGUCCCUGCUCUAAGAAGUUUACAGUCUAAAUGAAUGAAAUCUGCCUUUACCAAAUCAUUUCUCUUUCACAAACAGGAAAAAAAAAUGGCUAUGACAAGCAAACACCACAGAUGUUAACAGAAUUAUCCCUAAAGGCUCCCAACUGCUUGCAGCUUGCCCUUGGGACUCUAAAGAUCCAACAGGAGUAUGGCACGGAGAAAGUCUUGAUGGCAAAAUUUGGGAUCAAUGAGCAGCUUACCGAAAAGACAACUUUUCACUUUACUUAUUUAACCUUGAUAGCACUGCUAACUUAACGCAUCCCAAAAAUACAUUUUAUAUAAUGAUUGCUCUCAUUUUCUUAUUAAUGUAUGUUUAAGUACAUUGUUGUGUCUCAUAUUAAAGCAUUCCAGAUUGUAUAAUUUUUGCAAAUAACUUUGAUAUUAUGUGACACAACAACAUAUUUAUGCAAUCUGCAGAUACUCUAUUGUUAUUGCAACUUAAAAUACCUGCCGUAGAUUUUAUUUAUAGAAUUACAGUAAGUUUUCACUGGCUAUGAAAGCCAUACCUUGUAUGGGAAAAUACCUUGGUUUUCUUUUCCUGUGAUUUUAUAGUGUGAGUUUUUGUUUUAUUCUCUAUUAUUUAAAAUUAUCAUUUGAUACUGUAUUAUUCAGGGGUUUUAUACCAGGUAAGUUGCUCAUCUUGCCCUUUUUUGUUAAUGCUCAUAAACUUUGUUAUUAGUGG